GACUGGACCCACUGCUGCUAGGUGAGCGUGAGGUAGGUUUGCUCUCCAAUUUCCUCCCGGGGCAGGGCCUCCCCUCUGCACUGGGCUGGGCUUAAGGUUGAAGUGUCAGGGCAGAAGAUACUGCUGCAGGUGGUCAAUGCCCUCUCAGUGGGGCAAAGAGGCAGUGGAGAACACCACCAGCCUAUGAACUGGGCCCCACAAACAUGCACAUUUGGACCCUGAGUGGAUCACACCAAAAAAAAGGAGAGAAAACGCAACUGGGUUACUCAUGGUGGAUGUAUUGAGGCCUUAAAUUAUGCAGAAAGCCUCAAAGAAGAACAAACAGGCAGUUGCUUCAUGUAAAGAACUGACCAUCCUUCCUCCAGCCAAGAAAAAAGAGGAAAAUCGGGAGGACUUUGUAGAGCUGCUGCCUCCGGAAGUCAGUUUUAAAAUUUUCAGUGAACUGGAUAUUCAGAGCUUAUGCAAAGCUGCAAUGACAUGCAAGAGCUGGAAUUGUGCAAUUGAGAACAGUGACCAUUUGUGGAAACAUCACUGUUUAACUGUAAGAGCUGUCUGUCAGCGAGAGAUAGACUGUGAUCGAGGAAAUGGAUAUUCAUGGAAGGUCACUCUACUGAGAAACUACUGGAAGAGCAAAGUGAAACAUGAAUGGCUAAGUGGAAAAUAUAGCAACAUUCACUCAGGCUGUGGCUUACCAGAAAAAAUCAUGUAUCCCAUGGAUGCUGAUACAUGGGGAGAAAUACUGGAAGCAGAACUGGAGAGAUAAGAAACUAGACAUGGAUCUUAAAUAGCAAGAAAUGGCACAGAACUGACUGUUUUUACUGUAAAUAUUUAGCCAUUCACACCAGUGACAUUUGCAAAUAUGUAGUAGAAACUUCACUGGAAAAAAUGUAUAAAUACAGAGUUUAUUUUUAUUUUGCACUUUAUCAGAACAGCUUGUUGUAAAAACCCUAAAUGAGAUAUAAACUAUACAAUGUAAUUAUUUUAAAAGAUCUGCUGUACUGUUCAACAGAUGUUAAGUCUUGGAUUGACUUUUCAUUAUGCACUUUUUGAAAAAAUAGGAAAAAAAUAGUUUUUUUUUUCACUUGAAAUUUGUAUGAAGCAGAAACAUGAGACCACGGGCAUGGGAAAUGGAGGGGAUUGACUACCGUCUAAGCAUCAAAACCACUGGGUGUGAACUCCUUCAGUCUGGCCCUCUUUACCAUCAGGUUCUACUUGAAGUACAGUUAUGCUCAGAAGAGAGACUGUAGUAGUGCCUCCUUCUUAGUCCACUGAUCUGCUCCUCGUGUGUAUUCAGUCACAGCAACAAAAAUCAGCAGUUAAUUUUUAUCUUUUACUACUGCAGAAACUACUAUGGGUAACUGAGCUGGAUUUACUUUGAUUUAAUUCAGGUUACAUUAAUUUUCAUAGUAGAGCUCUCCUUGAAAUGGAAAUAAGAGUAAGUUUCUCCAAUAAACCUCUUUAAACCUAGAGUUGAAACCUCACAUACAAUAGAAAGGGAAUUCAGUCAUCCUCUUACCCUCACCCACCCUCCAGCUAGUUGACCCCUCUUCCUCUUUGCUUCUGGGGCAAAGAGCUUUCUGCAUAUCACU